CGGAAUGUAUCUUUGAACGAACCAAACAUCGGGUGAAGCCAUUACAAAUGCACAACCGGAUUAUUAAUUCAGCGCUGUAGCUGUUCUUUUCUACAUUAUUUCUCUUUUGCGCGGCCAUAAUGUCUGAUGAGGAAGAGGACUAUAUGUCUGAUGCAUUUCUCAGUAAAAUACAAGAUGUGAAGCCAGGUGUCAGCAUGGUGAGGCGAGUAAAAGAAGCCUUGAAGAAGGAGACACAGCAAAAGGAGACGAACAUCAAAAACCGUCAAAAGACCUUUAAGGAGCAGGAGAAGGAAAGCAGAGAGGCAGCUUUACAAAACUCCAUUUGCAAUGCGAACAAGGGAUUUGCACUUCUGCAGAAAAUGGGUUACAAAGCUGGCCAAGGCCUCGGGAAGGCGGGUGCAGGAAGGGUUGAUCCAAUUCCUCUUAAUAUUAAAACCGACAGAGGUGGCAUUGGAAUGGAAGAGGUGAAAAAAAGAAAAGCAGAGGAGGAACUUGAACAUUAUCGUCAGAAAGUACGAGCCAGACAACAGAAUGAGACCAAGUCUCUGGAAGAUUUUAGGUCAAGAGUAAGGACAGAGAGAGAGGAGCGAAAGAUUGAAGGAGAUCUCAGAAGGAGUCAGCGAGCCUGUGAGCAGCUUGACAGUCAGAAGGGCAUCACUGUGCCUAGGGAAGACUGGUACUGGCCUAAAGCAGAGACAGAUGACGAUGAAGACGGUCUUAAGGAGGAGGAGGAGGAGGAGGAGGAGGGAGGGGACGACAAGGAGGAGGAGGAAGAGGAGAUUGUGGAAUUAACCUCGUUUGACAAACUGCAAAUUUUGACAUCCUAUUUGAGAGGAAUCCAUUUUUACUGCAUAUGGUGUGGGACAACAUAUAAUGAUGAAGAGGACUUGUGCUCCAACUGUCCCGGGGAUACAGCAGCAGACCAUGAAUGAACUUAAUAAAAAUAUGUGCAGUAGUUCCCAGUGGAAAAAGCAGUUACAAAUGUUUGACCCUGGAAGCAUUAUAUUUGAUAUGCAGUUGAGGCAAUUAGGUGAUCAGAAGUGGAGUUUUUUUUAUUUAUCAUCCCCAUUUUAAUCUGUUUUCCAUCUCUGGAAGGACAUCACUGUUUAUAGAAACUAACCCUGUUUGAGGGUGGUGGUCUUGAAAUUUUCUUUACAUUUAGAAAUCCUGUAGGAAAUUGACAAUACCUUCUUAAUGUUUAUAUUUUUGAAAAGAUGCACUUUGCAAGAUGCUGAUUUUAUUUUUUUUUUAGAAAUGUUUUAAGAGCAAUUGCAUACCUGUGUUUUCAUUAAAAUGUUUUAAGAAUCUUA